CUCAUCCUGCUGCUGCCUGUUGCUGAGUGGAAGACAACAGAAAACCCUGGAUUCAAACCUCCACUAGGUUUUUGUUUUCCUUGUUUUGUUUCCUUUCAUUUUGCCUUGAGAAGAUGACCAGCGAAACCACAACUCUGAUAUCCUUGAAGGAGGCGAUGAAAAGAGUAGACCACAAACUCCAAGGUUUAGAAGCACAGUUUAAAGAAAUGGGUUUCACCAAGGAUAGUCUGACCCAGAGAUUUGAACAGCACAGCAAGGCUUUGGCAAGCCAGGCAGCCCAGGAUGAGCUGUGGAGAGCAGUUCUGGCCCCCAAAUUCACUUCAAUGGAACUGAAUAUUUUAUACAGCUACGUCACUGAAGUUCUCAUCUGCUUGCACAUUCGUGUGCUUGACAAGCUACCAGACCUGGUGCGAGGUCUUCCCACCUUAACCUCUAUUCUGAGACGAAAAGUCAAGAACCAGCGCGUUGGAGUUGUGUGGGAGUCUGUCCUGGAGGAGUGUGGGCUGCAAGAAGAAGAUAUCACAGCCCUUUGUACCUUCUUUAUUGCCCAUGGCCACAGGGCAGAAUACUAUGGUGCUAAAGUGAGGCAGAUGUAUAUCAGGGAUGUCACUUUCCUAAUCACUAACAUGGUAAAGAAUCAGGCUCUGCAGGAUGGUUUACUGAAGGCUGUUCAGAUCAUUGAGAAGGGGAAAGCAGUGAGGGCCCCCGAAGAGCAAAAGUCAUCGCUAAAAGAGUUGCUACCACCAGUCAGAAACUAAUUUUGAUGACCAAGAGACUCUACUUCUAGGAAUUUAUCUUGCAAAUGGGGGGAAAAGAUGCAUGUACAAUUUAUUACAGGCUUAUUUUUAUAACAAAAGUGAGGGAAGCCUUAAAUAUGAUAAAUUGAUACAAUGGAUACUUUUUCUGUAGCAAUAUUAGAGAAUGAAGAAGUUCUUUGUGUAACUGUAAAAUGAUAUGGAGUUAUCACCAAGAUGUAUUGUUUUCAAAUAUUUCCUAUAUAUUGUGAAGUAGGAAAAAAGGGCAAAAACAAAUACACACACACACACACACACACAGACACACAAGCUAAUAUAUCCACAAAAUUCAUAAACUGUUUCUGGAGAGAUAUAUUAGAAA